AUGACAUUACCUAUGUUGAACCCGAUCAAGGUGAACAGAUGUACGGUCAAUGGGAAAAUAUGCAACAUCAUCAUCGACAAUGGCAGUACAGAAAACGUGAUUUUCAAUAAACUAGUCACACCCUUCAACCUGAAAGUGUCCCUACAUCCGUCGCCUUACAAGGUUAGCUGGAUCAAAAAGGGUGGCAAAGUGAUGGUUAAUACUAUCUGUAUUGUUCCUCUUUCCAUCGGAACUAGUUACAAGGAUCAAAUAACUUGCGUUGUUAUUGAUAUGGAUGUAUGCCACAUUUUCUUGGGAAGACCAUGGCAAUAUGAUACUCAGGCUCUACACAAAGGCAGCGAAAACACCUACGAAUUUUCGUGGAUGGGGAAAACCGUUGUUCUAUUACCUUUACAGAGUCAACAAGAGGCAACAACUGCGGCUAAAGGUCAUUUGUUUCAUGUGUGUAGUGGCAAACACUUCCUUCUGCACCGAUCUGAGCACCUGCUAGCUUUGGUAAUCAAAGAUUUUACAUCUGGAGAGGGAAUACAAACUCCAGAAGUUCAUCCGAAUGUUCAAACAUUUCUGGAUACAUUUCCUGAGCUCCUUAACCAGCAAGACUCUCUCCCACCUUUAAGAGAUAUACAACAUCGUAUUGAUCUGUUACCCGGAGCUACAUUACCCAAUUUGCCACACUACAAGAUGAGCCCCACGGAAUACAAGAUCCUACAUGAUCACAUCACUGAGUUACGGCAAAAAGGGAUAUCCAGCCAAGUUUGA